GGAGGGUGGCUGCGUGAGGCGGCGGAAAGGGCGGAGUCGGAGCCUGGAGUUUGCGGACGCUGAGGGGAGUCGCUGCGGCUGCCGACUUUUGCCGGGAGACGGGCUUGGCGGGCUGGCGCGAUGCCGGAGUUGGCGGUGCAGAAGGUCGUGGUUCACCCCCUGGUGCUCCUCAGUGUGGUGGAUCACUUCAACCGAAUAGGAAAGGUUGGGAAUCAGAAACGUGUUGUUGGUGUGCUCUUGGGGUCAUGGCAGAAAAAAGUACUUGAUGUCUCCAACAGUUUUGCAGUCCCUUUUGAUGAAGAUGACAAAGAUGACUCGGUCUGGUUUCUUGAUCACGACUAUUUGGAAAAUAUGUACGGAAUGUUUAAGAAGGUCAAUGCCAGAGAAAGAAUAGUUGGGUGGUACCAUACAGGCCCAAAGCUACACAAGAAUGACAUUGCUAUCAAUGAACUCAUGAAAAGAUACUGUCCUAACUCGGUAUUGGUGAUUAUCGAUGUGAAGCCCAAGGACCUUGGGCUGCCCACAGAAGCAUAUAUUUCCGUUGAAGAAGUUCAUGAUGACGGAACGCCAACCUCUAAGACAUUUGAGCAUGUGACCAGUGAAAUCGGAGCAGAGGAAGCAGAAGAAGUGGGAGUGGAGCACCUGCUCCGAGACAUCAAAGACACCACAGUGGGCACCCUUUCUCAGCGUAUCACGAAUCAGGUCCAUGGCUUAAAGGGACUAAACUCCAAGCUUCUGGACAUCAGGGGCUACCUGGAGAAAGUGGCCAUGGGCAAGCUGCCCAUCAACCACCAGAUAAUCUACCAGCUGCAGGACGUCUUCAAUCUGUUGCCUGAUGUCAACCUACAAGAGUUUGUCAAGGCGUUUUACCUGAAGACCAAUGACCAGAUGGUGGUGGUGUACCUGGCCUCACUAAUCCGCUCGGUGGUUGCCUUGCACAACCUCAUCAACAACAAGAUUGCAAACCGGGACGCUGAGAAGAAAGAGGGGCAGGAAAAGGAGGAGAGCAAGAAGGAGAGGAAAGAUGACAAGGAGAAAGACAAAGAUAAGGAGAAGGGCGAUGCCAAGAAAGAGGAGAAGAAGGAGAAAAAAUAAAACUGGGGGUGUUGUUUGGAAAUUAAAAUAUUGCAGGCUAAAUGAGUAUGCUGCUAGAGGGUUCUUUUCACUGUCAAGUGCUUGUUAUAACGUUGUUUUGAUAGUUCUCUGCCUUAUCUCAGAAAGGGAAGGCCCUUGCUGUGGGAUCAUUCAAGUAAUAGGAGGGUAAAGGGGACCGAGUUCCCCAAAGUGGCAGCUGCGACACAGGCAUGUGCUAUUGGAGUCUUAUGGUCUGGGUGUCAAGCGUGUGGAAAGUGAGGAGGAGCAAAGAUGUGGUGUAGCUUACUUUAUUUUUUUCCUAAUAAAACCAUGUUUUGAAAAACCAUUGUCUGCCCUCUUCUCAUCCUUAAGACCAUUUGGGUCUGUCCCCAGCAGUGCAUAAAACUUGCAGACUAUGCAUAAAUGCAUGCACACUGCCUUUAUCUGCCUGCGUUUUGUCCCUCCUCCUGAACUCUUGGUAGAGGAUCCCACACCAAGGGAUUUCACUUUCUGAGCCUGAGAUUGCCUCAACAGCCUCAGGGUUUGAGAUACAGCUCCAUAUAUUGUUUACCUUCAAAGAGAUAAUUAAAUGGUUUGGUUUGUAAA